AAGGGAGUUCUAGAAACCUGUGUUUCAGGAGAGGGAAGCAGCCCACCUUGGGAAGAAAAAUCUCCCUCCACCCCCUGCUUCCCACCUGCCCCUCACACAGGUCCUUCUGAAACCCCAACACCAUAUCUUGGACCAUCUUCAGGCCUGUAUCCUUCACAAGCUCAAAGCAGCCCCUCCACCCCCUGGAGCCCCUUGAGAUUUUUAGGGUAGGACAUGUGAUGGUGUCCUCAUCUCCCCAUCAACACUUCACUCUUUUGAUAGUGGUGUCCUUGGCUCUGCAACUAGUGGUCCCACACUGCUUCUAAGAUGUCAGCUAAAGCCAUAGAGAGUGGGGAAGGACCUGCCACUGACCUCUUCCUGCCAGAAUCUCCGUCAGAUGAGGAGGAUGAACCUUCCCUGCCAUCCGACCAGGCCUCUGAUGGUUCUACUCCUGGGAAACCACCACAGGGACCACAACAGGGGCCAGAUGGAUCUGGCCUUGACCACAGAGACCCACCCACGUCCGGAGACAGCAAUUUCUCCCAUUAUGCAGGGAACCCCUCCCACUGUGGCGGCAGGGGGACACAGCGGGAGGCCAGUGUCGUGCACUCACAGGGGUUCUUUCUGUCUCCAGGCAAGGCUGCCGCAGCCGUGAUCGGAGGAGCCUUGGCCGUGGGGGCUGUGCCCCUGGUGCUGGGCGCCAUGGGCUUCACUGGGACAGGAAUCGCAGCCUCCUCCUUAGCAGCCAAGAUGAUGUCAGCAGCCGCCAUCGCCAGUGGGGGUGGAGUUGCCGCCGGCAGCCUGGUGGCCACUCUCCAGUCCGUGGGGGCAGCCGGCCUUUCCAUGUCAUCUAACAUCCUCCUGGGCUCUGCCGGGUCAGCUAUUGGGGCCUGGCUGUGGAGGUCAAAAAAGAAAGAGCCUUCCUCUCCUCCACCAGGACCCAGUACUGAAGCAGAGAAGGGCUCUGGAGAUGACCCUCCGGGACCUCAAGAUGUCCGUUCCCCAAAUGACAAGUCCUCUGCCCCCCCCAAUUCUUCAAAGAAUCAUAAGAAAUAAAGACAGGAUGCUGUGACCUUC